GGGGCUAGCUGCCACGAUGCAAUCUUGCCGAGGCAGACGGAGGAGAUAUAUAGGCAGACCCGCCGCCAUAGAACAUUUUGUUAGUGCCAUCUCGACAGCACCUAGAGGUCGGCUUCCGGCCGCCCCCCAAGAUCAGACUGAAGAAGGCUGUGACGGACCCGGCGAUACCGGCGCGCAGCAUGCACGUGUUCUCCCUCCACCUCCUCCUCCUCCUCCUCCUCCUCGCCGGGGCCCUCGCCCGGGCGCAGGAUCUCCUCGCUGCGCUCGACUACGGGGCGUUCCAGGGGGCCUACUCGGAUAGGUACAACAUCUCGUACUGGCAAAAGAUACCGUUUGCCGCGCCUCCCGUGGGCGAGAAUAGGUUCCGCGCGCCGCAGCCGCCCGGGCACGUGGGCCGCGACGUCUACAACUCGACCCAGCGGUUCAGCAUGUGCCCCCAGCGCGAGACCUCUGGCUCCGAAGACUGCCUCUACCUAGGCCUCUACAGCCGGCCGUGGACCCGAGGCCAGCCGCUCCGGCCCGUGGUGGUGGUCUUUUACGGCGGCGGCUUCGUGCGGGGCUCGGCGUCGUUCGAGCCGCGGCCGUCGCUGUACCCGGUGCUCGAGCUCUCGGCCGACCCGGGGCUCGUCGUCGUGUACCCAAACUACCGCACAAACGCCUUUGGCUUCCUGCCCGGCCGCCAGGUCGCCGCCGACCAUCCGCGCUCAGACCUGAACCCGGGCCUGCUGGACCAGCGGGCCGCCAUCGAGUGGACGAGCAGGUACAUCCGCCACUUUGGCGGGGACCCGGACCGCAUCACCAUCCAAGGGCAAUCUGCCGGCGGAGGCAGCGUCGUCGCCCAGGUCAUCGCCCAGCCUCGCCACAACAUCAUGGCCAGCAGCAGCGGCAGCAGCAGCGGCGACGCGGGACCUCGGCCCUGGCCCCGGCCCCGGGCGGCGGCCACAAAGCCCCUCUUCGCCGCCGCGCUAGCCAACAGCCCCUUCUGGCCCAAGACGUACGCCUUCGACAGCCCGGAGGCGCAGUGGAUCUUUGACACCCUCUCGGAGCGCGUCGGCUGCGGCGCGCCCCCGGCUCCUCCCCGGGACGGCGCCCCGUCCGGCGGCGACGGCGACGGCCGGCUCGCGUGCCUCAAGGCGGCCGACGUGCAGGUCAUCCGCGACGCCAGCCUCGCCAUCGCCGACAGCCACCUGCACAACACGUCCACCUUCACCUGGGCCCCCGUCCUCGACGGCCGCUUCCUGCGCCGCCCGCUGAGCAGCAUAGCCUCCUCUGUCGACACCACCACCACCACCAUCACCACAACCCCUGACAAGGAAGGAGAGGAGGAGAGGCGCCGUGCCGCCGCGCCCGCCGUAUUUGCCAUGUACAACACCCACGAGGGCGAGGACUUUAUCCACCCACCCGGGUCCGUCGCCACGGCCGCCGACUUCGGCGCCUGGCUGGCCGCCUUCCUGCCCGGCCUGGACGCGGCCGACCUCGCCGGCGUGGCGCUCCUGUACCCCGAGCGCGGCGGGUCCGAGGCCAUCGGCCGCUACGACGACGCCGCCACGCGCGCGGGCCUCGUCUACCGCGACGUGGUGCUGGCCUGCCCGGCCUUUUGGCUCGCGGGCGCAGGUGGUGGUGGUCGGGGCUGGCUUGGGGAGUACUCCAUCGCCCCGGCGAAGCACGCUUCCGACGUGUAUUGGUGGAACGCCCCCAACACGGCGCACGAGACGGACCGUCACCACUUCCUGGGCUACACGGGUGCCAUGGCGUCCUUCAUGGCCACGGGCGACCCCAACACAAGAAACCUCACCGCCAACUCGACCGUGCCUACUUUAGACACGGGCUAUCAGUUCCACGUCCGCACCGAGGGCUUCGGGCAGCUGAAGCUUUCUCAGCUUCCGGAGCGCUGCGCUCUGUGGAAACGUCUAGCUCACAAGGUGCCUAUUUAACAGAAUAACGAAGGAGAUGAGGAGGGAGUAGGUGCAGAUCACGUCAAAUACGAUAUAUCGAGGCAAAUCUUGGUAUCAAGUUCCACAUGCACACGAAAGGCGCGUACCAAGCUAGCUCUAUCUGAUCAAAACAUACCCAAUCUAGGUUCUGGAGUCCCGCAAAGUUGUCUCCCGGGAGCCUGAAUACAUUAACCGCGCGCCCAGUUUGUCAUUAGCCAUGUCCCCAUCCAAUCGCUGUCAACCAAAGGAGACAGGAGUGCAGAGGGAGAAAAAAAGACAAGAAAAAAAACCCACCCAAACGCCAUCGCAAACCGAUUCAUGAAGAAAGCAACGCUCUACGAAGAAAACCAAAAGAGCAAAAACACACGAGGUCUAAAGAGGCCACGACUAGACUUAUAAGAACAGGGAGGAACUGGCGUCACUGGUUGUUCUGAAAAUGCUGCAUGAAUUGGAUGGCCUGCUCGAUAGGAUAUCCAAUGAAUACUGGGCCCGUGAAUAGCAUUUGGGGGGCGGUGGAUGGUUGCCCAGGCUUGGAGACGCUCGGGGGGUUUAUAAAGGCAGGUCGGGGAGCGCUGCUGUACCCCGGAACACUAGACUCUGGGGGCGCUUGCUUGGGGAGCACGACAGACGAUGGCGCCCGAGGCAUUGCGCGAUGAGGCGUAAAGCCCACGGCGCUGACGCCAC